UGUAGUGCUAUAAACCCUACACCAAGUCUUUCUCAAAAAACACAUCUUUACACUUGAAAAAAGUUGUUUCCUUUCUUAGUAAUAAAAAUAUCGUUUUCGUUUCUUCUUCUCCACACUUCUAGAUUUUUCUCAGCUAACAUACCAGAAAGAAGAAAGACAAGCCUAGAAACAUUAUAAAGAUAGACACAAAGAAGGUCCGAGAAUUGUGAGUAAAAAAAAAAAGAGAAACAAAAAUGUGUUUGGAAGUUGUGUAUCAUGAAGAGAAGACGGAGCUUGGUCGACAACAAGCACCGGGUAUGUGUCCAUACUGUGGCGGAAAAGUAUCGGCGGUGGACAUAGAGACGAAGUGGUUGUUCUGUUUCUUACCACUUUGUUUCAAGGUCAAACGCAAAUACUCUUGUUCUUCCUGCGACCGUCGUCUCGUCUUGUAUUAUUGAAGUAACGCAAAUAGAGUGAUGCGAAAAUGAAUGAAAAGAAGAAAAAAAAACCUACAAAAAAGAAACAGAGGAGAAAUUGAAAAUUGUUAUCUAUUUCAUUUAUUUGUUUGCUCCUCGAUCGGUGUUGAGGGUUUUGCAGAUUUCCUCCUGUGACUUGUGAUUUUGCCGGCGAAAAAAAAAGACUUGUGAUUUUGCCCCUCUCGUGGUGGUGACAUUGGUCAAUUUUCAUUGAGAUCAUUAUUUUCUCGUCUGAGUUUUGUUCAUUGUAUAUAAUUUGUUGGAUUGUUUAAUAAAAGAUUGUUAUUCUUAAGCGA